AUGGGUAAGAGCAGCAGACGUGCGCGUCGUAAGGAGCAGAUCUAUGGCUGCUUCGGCGGCAGCAGCAGCAGCGAUGAGGAUACAGCAGCAGCAGCAGCUGCUGCUGCUGCAGCACGCGGCAACAGACGAAGGAGACGCCGCAGCAGCAGCAGCAGCAGCAGCAGCAGCGACGAUAACGGCCCCAUUCAGUUUGUUAAGGGGGGCGUGCUGCAGCCAGAGGACCCCAGCGCAGAGAAAAAACAAAAAAAAAGCAGCAGCAGCAGCAGCAGCAGCAAGAAAAGCAGCAGCAGCAGCAGCAGCAGCAGCAGCAAGAAGCUUGAUUCUGCCCCUGAGCCCACAGCAGCAGCAGCAGCAGCAGCAGCAGCAACAGCAGCAGCAGCAGCAGCAGCAGCAGCAGCAGCAGCAGCGUUGAGCAGCAAAGACGCGCAUGUGCUGCAGCAGCUGGGCCUGGAUUACUCCGAAAGUGAAGAUGAGGCGAGCAGCAGCAGCAGCAGCAGCAGCAGCAAACAGCAGCAGCAGCAGCAGCAGCAGCAGCAGGAAGAGAGUGGUUCCGAUAGUGACCCUGCAACAGCAGCAGCAGCAGCAGCAGCAGCAGCAGGAGAUGGUGAUGGUGCAGAGCGUGGAGCAGCAGAUGAAUCUGAGGAUGGUAGCAGCAGCGACAGCAGCAGCAGCAGCAAUCGCAGCAGCAGCAGCAGCAGCAGCAACCGCAGCAGCAAGAGUCGUAGCAUGUCUCCUGAGUUCGUUUUUAAACCAUCUGACCCCUCGUCUCUCCCCUCCCCCCAGCAGCAGCAGCAGCAGCAGCAGCAGCAGCAGCAGCAGCAGCAGGGAGAGGAGCAACAGAGCUGGGGGGUAUCUCGCUUGUCUUCUGUUUACGGUGCUGUGCCUGAGCCCCCUACAGGGCCUGACGUAUUUCGGUGGCGCCCAGCAGCAGCAGCAGCAGCAGCAGCAGCAGCAGCAGAUGGGGGGGUAGAGAGAAUACAAGGAGUAUCGAGAGACUGGCGGCGAGGAGAAAAAAGAAAGAAAAGGGUUGUGAAGACAGCAGCACAAAUUGCUGCUGAGGGUCGCAUGCUGCAGCAGCAGCAGCACCAGCAGCAGCAGCAGCAGCAGCAGCAGCAGCAAUUAAGAGUUAUUGAUAUGACUGGGCCAGAAGUAAGACUCCUAGAAACUGCAGCAGAAGUAGGAGAGGUGCUGCGGCAGCAGCAGCAGCAGCAGCUGCUGCAGGAGGAGGCAUUGCGGCUCAACGGCAGCAGCAGCAGCAGCAGCAGCAGCAGCAGCAGCAGCAGCGACAUACCGCUGCAGCUGCUGCAGCAGGCGCUGCGGCAGCAAAUAAGAAAAGUAGAGAGGGAGCUGCAGCACGUUGCUGCUGACAAGCAUCAGCAGGAGCAGCAGCUGCUUGAUGCUGCUGCACAAAACGAGCAGCAGCAGCAGCAGCAGCAGCAGCAGCACCACGCAGUAGAACAUGCGCAGCAGCUAGCUGCUGCAGUCAAAUCCCUAUACACCCGAAUCAAGCAGCGCAGCACAGCAGAGCAGCUGCAGCAGCAGCAGCAGCAGCAGCAACAGCAGCAGCAGCAGCAGCAGCAGCAGGAAGCGGAUCGCUGGAGCGACGACGAGACUCAGCAGCAGACGGACCCCAGCAGCAGCAGCAGCAGCAGCAGCGACAGCAGCAGCAGCAGCAGCAGCAGCAGCAGCAGCAGCAGCAAGAAGGCAAAAGACCCAGAGUAUAAACAUAUAACGGGGGGCCUAGACCCCAGCUGCUUGCUGCAGGAGGUGAGGAGGUGGAGGGACAGCUGGGGUGAUGUUUUCUUUGAGUUGCAUGCUGCUGCUGCUGCUGCUGCGCUGCUGCGGCUGCUGCUGCAGCGGGUAUGCAGAGCGUGGGACCCCCUAGCAGCAGCAGCACCGCGGCUUGCUGCUGCUGUAGGGGAGUGGUUUGGGGUGUAUACGCAGCUGCACCAAGAGGAAGAAGAUAUAUGGGUGAAGAAGCUGCAGCAGCAGCAGCAGCAGCAGCAGCAGCAGCAGCAGCUGUUUUUCCUAGACCAUCAGCAGCAGCAGCAGCAGCAGCAGCAGCAGCAGCUAGAACGCUUGGUUGCUGGACGCACAUACGAUCUGCUGCAGCAGGGUGUUGAGGAUACAGACAGCUGCUGCUGCAGCAGCCGGCGGUGCAGCAGCUCCGUUACGCCUUAG